AUGGGUGAGGGAAGAGGCAGUGUCAGUAUCUCAAGUGUUAUUACAAUGCUAGUAUUAUGUAUGUUUGUGUUUCAUCCUAAGAUGAUUCAUGCAGAAACAUACAUUGUUGGUGAUGAGAAAGGUUGGUCUUUUGGUGUUCAAAAUUGGCCUUCGGGAAAGGCUUUCAAGGAAGGCGAUAUACUUGUAUUCAAUUACACUCCUGUAAUACAUAAUGUGGUGACAGUGAAAGAGUUUGGCUAUAAUUCGUGUGUGCCUUUUGGAGGAUCUGGAUUCCAUAUCUCUGGAGCAGAUAAAAUUACACUUGUUAAGGGAAUGAACUAUUUCAUAUGUGGAGUUCCCGGUCAUUGUAGCUUGGGAAUGAAAAUUGCGGUCAAUGCUAAUUAA